AUGUCUUCCUUUUCACCUGAAGCAAGUCAGCUUGAGAACAACAAAGAUAAGCCAGCAGCAGUGAAUUCCGAUUAUGAUAAUAAGAAGAGUACAGCUGAGCCGACAAGACGGAAACCUUCUGCAAUGACUAGGCGAUUGAGCUUCUCUAUGACUCGACCAUGGUCGUCAUAUGCUGAGAAUUACUCUUCAUGUUUAUCUGGUCUGAGAAGAAACUCCAGCGAACAGUUAAUCAAAAGACAAGGCAGUCUUCAGUCAUCUCCAACGUCGAGUUCCAGUGAUCUAUCCAAGUCUUUGGAUAGUGGACAACUAAGAAACCUAAAGGCAACAACUCCUGAUUCGGAAGUAAAGCCAAGAACCAGCAAAAUUUCUGCAUUGCAUGCAAGACCGUUUCAUCAGCGAAGAUGGUCAAGUCCAGUAGUUUUCUCAGUAGCCAAGCUAGCUGCUUCUUCUCACAAAGUGUCAAAACAAUUUAAAGAAGAGAAUGGAUCAGGGGAGACUUUACAAGAUUGUAAAAAGGAUAAGGAUAAUGAUAAGAUAUGUGAAACCGAUGAAAUGACACUGUCUCAAGAGCAAGCCAAAACAUGUGCACCUGUUUCCAUAGCGCAAGUUUGUGUCGAAAACCAAGCGCCGAAAAGUAAAGUAACGGAGGAAGUAUCGAAUGAUAGCCCCGACUUCACUUCUGGUCAAACAACGUAUUUGAGUCCACACGUGGCGGAAAACUUCGACAAUAAGGAGGAAAAAGACGUUGGAAAACCCGAGCCGGCCAAAAUGAAUAACCGAAAUCAGCCGAGAUCAGGCACGAACGAUAAAACCAACUCUGAUGCGUUGCCUGAAUCAUCCGAAGUUAAGAAAGAAGAUCCCACUCAGAAUCGAAAUAUAUAUACGGAGAUUAAAAAGAAUACAAGAUGGUCUAAGAGCAAGCGUUUUAGAAGAAGGCAUCAUACAAUCCACGCAGAUUCCCACAGGUUUAUAAAUCCAAAGUUAUUCACAAUUGCUGAACAAUCUAGUGGAUCAUUUGGUAGCGUUGCCGGAGCAAAUGAAAGAUAUGAUCGGGUUAUGAAUGGGAAAUUAAUAAGUAGAAGAAGCAAGAGUUUGGGAGAUUUAAACACGUUGCCAGAUGAUAUGAAAACUAAUGGUGUGAGUGUUCAACAACUUUGUGCCAAGCCAAUUUGUGUUUCUGUGGCUAUCAAUAAAAACAAGAAUGAAGGAACAGCGUCGACAAGAGACACUACAGUAACAUAUAAAGGAGAAGAAAAGUCUGAAAGCGCUUCCAAGAGGCAGAUAUCGUGUCCAGUUCAAGUGAAUAUUCAGACAUUUAACCAAAUACAAAUAACACCUGGUGUAGAAGAACAACGAAAGCCGCAAGCCAGUAAAACCCAGCCAUAUUACUCCACACAACAACAUGUAGUUUUUACACAGCCCAAAGCUAAAUGGACCAGUAUUACAAUAUCUCAAGUCUAA